GAUUGUGUAAAUCAGGUAGUAAACGUAACCACUCGAUGCAAACAUUCGAUGGCGUUGAUGUAAUGGGGAAGAGAUUAGCCGAUGAAGUAUUGAAGGUAGUAGAUUGUUAUCCAGACCUCGAGAAGAUAUCUUUUGUAGGACAUUCUCUUGGCGGUCUUAUAGCAAGAUAUGCUGUAGCUAAGCUUUAUAAGAAAACCACGACCGAGGAAAAUCACGAAAAGGGAAUAAUAUUUAUAGAAGAGGAAGAAGCGAAGGGGACAAUUGCGGGUUUGGAGCCUGUGAAUUUUAUAACGGUUGCAACCCCUCAUUUGGGUUGUAGGGGACAUAAACAGGCACCAGCAUUUUGUGGCUCUUAUGCCAUGGAGAAGGCUGCGGCUGGUGUAUCGGGGAUUCUUGGAAGAUCGGGAAAACAUUUGUUUUUGAACGAUGGUCGUCGCCAUGGAUUGCCUCCUCUCUUAAUUCGAAUGACGAAAGAUAGCGAUGAUCUCCCAUUCAUAUCUAGUUUGCAGUCUUUCCGGCGUCGGGUUGCUUAUGCGAAUACACGAUUUGAUUUUGUCGUGGGUUGGAGUACAUCCUCAUUGCGAUUGCAGCACGAGCUCCCCAAGCGUCGAUCUAUGAUAAGAAACGAAAAUUACCCACACAUUUUAGAGACGACAGAUUCAAUACAAACGGUUGAUUAUCAAGACAAAACCACAUCCUCCCCGACAACAUUGGUACAAGUGAAAAGAAGCAAAACAGCCAAUAUGGAAGAGGAAAUGAUGAAAGGUUUGAGUAAGCUAAGGUGGGAAAGGGUAGAUGUGGACUUUGGCAGGAGCACACAACGUAUAAUGGCACAUAAUACCAUUCAGGUACAAAUUUAUUCUUUACAAUCUGAUGGGGCUGAUGUAAUACAACAUAUGAUUGAUAACUUUAUGUUAUGAGUGAUCUAGGUGUUUCCUUAUCAAGAGAUGGAGCAAAUAUUGUUUGUAAAUUUAUUAUAUUCAUAACCUUCAAAUAAGGUGUAAUUUUUUUAAGACUAUUUUUAAAGGUACAAUAAAUUAUGUAAUGAUUUAACAA